CUCAGAGCCCCCAGACAUCAGCUCAACUGCACUAUCUCCCUCCGCUCCGCACCACCAAACCCCCAUCAGAAUGGCCUCCAAAGACGCCCAAAUUCUGGCUGCGGCCAAGAAACACCCAAAGCCCGUCGAUCGAGUUUUUCAAUAUGGCACCGCAGGCUUUCGAAUGAAAGCCGACCUCCUCGAUUCCGUGGUUUUCCGCGUGGGAUUGCUCGCUGAGCUCCGCUCGAGAAAGCUCAAGAAUACUAUUGGUGUCAUGAUUACUGCCUCGCACAAUCCCCCCGCAGAUAAUGGUGUGAAACUGGUUGAUCCUAUGGGUGAGAUGUUGGAGGAAGCUUGGGAAGCUCAUGCCACUAAAUUGGCCAACGCUCGGGAUGAAGAUGUGGUCAAGGUCUACAGAGAAAUUGAGGCAAAGGAAAACGUCAGUCAGAGCACCAAGGCCAACGUAAUCUACGGCAGAGACACUAGACCUUCUGGACCAAAGCUGGUAGCUGCUUUGGUUGAUGCUUUGGAGGCUGUUGGCUCAACAAGCACUGACUACAAGCUCCUCACUACCCCACAACUCCAUUACCUUACAAGAUGUACAAACACGAUCGGUACCCCACUCGAAUAUGGCGAUGUCAGUGAGCGGGGUUAUUAUGAGAAGUUGGCAAAGGCAUUCAUCAAGGCAAUGGACGGAAAGAAGCCUGUUGGAGGCCUUACAGUGGAUUGUGCCAAUGGUGUAGGAGCACCAAAGUUGGCAGAAUUCCUAGCUGUAAUGCAGUCAGCAGUUACUUUGGUGAAUGAAGAAGAGAAACAGGCGAAGGAUGAGCCAAAGACCUAUGCAAGCCCGGAACUGCAGGUCAAGAUCAUCAACGAUGAUAUUAUCAAUGCGGCGGUCCUCAAUCAUGAUGUAGGUACCGUAUAUUAUUCAUUUGGAUACUGGCUAAUUUCCGUAGUGUGGUGCAGACUUUGUGAAGACCAAGCAGCGAGCUCCUCCAUCUUCAACAGCUGGAAACAACGACCGAUGCUGCUCGUACGAUGGCGAUGCUGAUCGAAUUGUCUAUUACUUCAACGAUCCCGAGCAGGGUUUCCGUCUUCUCGAUGGCGAUCGUAUUGCUACACUUGCUGCAUCUUUCAUUGGCGAUCUCGCUCGUGAAGCUGGAUUUGGCAAAGAAUUGAAGAUUGGAGUAGUACAAACUGCCUAUGCCAACGGAGCAAGUACAAAAUACGUCGAAAAGACUCUUGGCCUUCCAGUUGUGUGCACUAAGACAGGAGUGAAACAUCUCCACCAUGCGGCAACAAAAUUCGAUGUUGGUGUGUAUUUUGAGGCCAAUGGUCACGGAACUGUUGUUUUCUCACAACAAGCUCUGGACACUUUCAAGAAAGCUCUCGCGGAUAAGGAGUCUCUUAAAUCUCCUGCACAGAAGAGUGCCUUGACAACCUUGGUGGGUCUCACUGAAGUCAUCAACCAGACUGUUGGUGAUGCACUAUCAGAUAUGCUUCUCGUUGAGAUCAUUCUUGCCCACAAGCGCUGGACGCCUAAAGAGUGGGAUCUUACCUACACUGAUCUACCAAACCGUUUGGUUCGUGUUGAGGUCGCAAACCGAGGUAUCUUUGUGGCGGAUGCCACCGAGAGAAGACUGAUCGAGCCUCAAGAGGCACAAACUCAGAUUGAUGCGCUUGUCUCCAAGUAUUCCGAGGGCAGGUCAUUUGCGAGAGCCUCUGGAACAGAAGAUGCAGUCAGAGUCUACGCUGAGGCUUCUACGAGAAGUGAAGCAGACGACCUGGCUGCUAAGGUUGCUGCUGUUGUCAAGCAAUGCUAAUAAAUUAACGAAUUGAAACGACGCAAAGAAGUUUAUGAAAGCCCUGUUGGCGUUUUUGUUUUUCAGGAAAUUGAGAUUGGCGACGGCAUAGCUUUUUAUAGACCAAAAGUUUUGAUUUUUGAUGCGUAUCGUUCCUACCUAGAAAGUUCUACUUCUAUUUCGGCGCUUCUAGCAUUUCUAUCAACAUGAGCUUGCGAGCUCAUUUUAUUUUUGUAGACCUCUUGCCUGGUUUCGCAAAGCAUCCCUAUGCUUCCAAUACCCUACUGUACCUGUUAUUAACUAGCCCCAAUGAUAAUUUAGUUUCCCGCAUUUGCAAAAAGAUAC